GCAAGGCUGCACAGACUGCGCUGGCGCUGCUCGCUGUACACGAUUGUUUAGCUGUCUGUCGCUCUUUGGAGGUGUAGGCUUACUGUCAUGGCUUUGAAAAGGAUCAAUAAGGAGUUGCAGGACCUGGGAAGAGAUCCACCAGCACAGUGUUCUGCUGGACCAGUAGGUGAUGACUUGUUCCACUGGCAAGCCACAAUAAUGGGACCGCCUGACAGUCCAUACCAAGGUGGAGUGUUCUUCCUCACAAUCCAUUUCCCCACAGAUUACCCUUUCAAACCACCCAAGGUGGCCUUUACAACACGAAUUUAUCAUCCAAACAUCAACAGUAAUGGUAGCAUCUGCCUGGAUAUUUUGAGGUCACAGUGGUCUCCAGCACUCACAAUAUCUAAAGUUCUGCUGUCUAUCUGCUCGUUGCUGUGUGACCCCAAUCCAGACGACCCUUUGGUCCCAGAAAUUGCAAAGAUCUACAAGACUGAUAGAGAGAAGUACAAUGAGUUAGCGAGGGAGUGGACCAGAAAGUAUGCCAUGUGACUGUAAUUGCCUUUCUCCCCUGUCCCCAUCCCCCAUUUUUUUUCUUUUUUUUUCUUUCAAACAACCCUUGGUAGUGCAAAAAGAUAUGUCAGCCACUGCUUUUGAACAGUCUGUGCUUUGUGUAAAUAAAAUGAUCUUUUACAAAGGGGUA